CUCGCGCCGAACUACUGAAGUAUAGAACUCAUUCUUUGCGACGUGAGAAGCAGCUGUAGCAGCAGUGAGGUGCAGCGAUCCGUCACCGUCGCAGGGCAUUGACGUCGUCGCUGUCCUCUCCGCUCCGCCUCGGCCAGGAUCCGCCCCCGACCAGGGCAGCGCCUUGUUUCACGAAGCACCUCCAGGCGUCAGCUCCCUACACCCACUGCCGCUUGUUGACCACCGUCUUAUCCGCGAGCGAGCGCCGUGCGUGCAAGAUGCCCUUUGUCGACGUUGUCCGCGCGCUCUACGACUACGCUGCGCAGAGUGCCGAAGAGCUCGAAAUCAAGGAUGGCGAUCUACUCUUGGUGCUCGACAAGAGCGAGGAUGAUGACUGGUGGAAGUGCAAGAAGAAGGCCUCAUCCGACGAAGACGACGAACCGGAAGGCCUGGUGCCGAACAACUACGUUGAGGAGGUGCGGCCUAUCGCUCAGGCCAAAGCACUCUACGACUAUGCACAACAGACGGACGAGGAGCUAAGCUUCAAGGAGGAUACGCGCCUCAAUAUAUACGAUGAGACAGACCCGGACUGGACGCUGGUGGGCCACAAUGGCAAUUACGGCUUUGCUCCCGCCAUCUAUAUUGAACGUCUGGAUGCUGCCUCGACUUCAGCUCCUGCUCCAGCUCCACCGUCCCCAGCAGCUGCGCCGCAACCACGAGCCCUGGCGCCACCUCCGAUGCCAACGCGUCCUGUUGCUGACGAUGGACCCAUUCCCGGUGAGGCCGAUUACGUCCCACCGUCCUCGGAGCCCUCGGCCAGCAAUCCAGCUGCAGCGCUCGCGGGAAUUAUAGCACAAAGGACAGGAGGCAACCCGACUUCUCCGCCCGCAGAUCGUUCACUCGCCUCUCCGCCGCUGCCUCAGCGAUCGCAACUGACUCCCGAUGAAAGCGACGAAGAAGCUGCGCCCUCACUGCCCCGUCGACCACCCUCACAGACUAUUGCACCAGCGUCUCCUUCGUCCCCUGUUCCGCUCCAGACACAAUAUGCAACGCGUCUCUCGCCCGAGCCUUCCGGGGCACAGCCAUCACCGUCAUACAACAGAGCCGGUUCUGCAUCACAUGAUGAUUAUGGGGACGAAGCGUUGUCGCCACGAGGUUUCCACUUGUACAAUAUUCAUGAAAUGGUGUCACACAUGGGCAAAAAUAAGAAGAUGCCUACCACACUCGGCAUCAACCCUGCCAAGGGCAUCAUCAUGAUAAGUCCCGAAAAGAGCAGAGAUGGACCAAGCAAGGAGUGGACAGCAGAAAAGCUUACGCAUUACAGCAUCGAGGGCAAACAUGUGUUUGUAGAACUCGUGAGGCCGAGCAGGAGCAUUGAUUUUCACGCGGGAGCCAAGGAUACUGCACAGGAGAUAGUUGCUGCGCUCGGGGAAAUGGCUGGCGCGGUACGACAAGAGGGUCUGCGGGAAGUUCUAGCAGCCAGUGCUGGGACAGGACUAUCGGGCCUCAAAAAAGGACAAAUGCUCUAUGAAUUCAUGGCCCAGGGAGACGAUGAGGUGACCGUAGCCGCUGGAGAUGAGGUCGUGAUUCUGGACGAUGUCAAAAGUGAGGAGUGGUGGAUGGUCCGACGAAUGAAGAACGGCAAGCAAGGUGUCGUGCCGUCCUCGUACGUGGAAGUGACAGGAAUCAUCUCGCAAGGACCAGAGGCAAUCACCGGUCUAGACGCAGCACGAAGUACUGUGGAACAGAAUCGAUUGGAAGAGGAACGACUCACAAAGGAAGCAGCACGGAAGAGCAAGAAACGCGAGAGUGAGGUCAUUCCGCCCGAGAGGAAUAGCAGUCUAGCAGGCGACACACGACGUACAUCAAUGCGUGGAGCCGACAAACGAGGUUCAAAAGAUCAGCCGAAGGCGAAGCCAAACCAGAGUCGAGUCCGGACAUGGACAGAUCGCAGCGGCACGUUCAAAGUUGAGGCAGAGUUCAUUGGCUUGCGCGAAGGGAAGAUCCACCUGCACAAGCUGAAUGGCGUUAAAAUUGCUGUUCCGGUUGCGAAGAUGGCUGUCGAGGACCUGGAGUAUGUUGAGCGUGCCACAGGGGCAAGCCUGGACGAGGAUAAACCGCUUUCUGACAUCAAACGCCGGAGCACGCAGAGGCAAGCUAAUGGCUCUCGAUCUGCGGCAGGGGCCAGUGUGCAGAAGAAAUCAGACUAUGAUUGGUUUGACUUCUUUCUGCAAUGCGGCGUCGACCCGCACAUCUGUGAGCGUUACGCGGGCUCCUUCUCCCGGGACAACAUGGGCCCAGAGAUUCUUCCUGAGGUCAAUCAACAAUUACUGCGGACGUUAGGACUCAAAGAAGGCGACAUCCUUAGGGUGAUGAAGUUCUUGGACAACAAAUACUACAGACAUGCUGAUGGAGGACCCUCUGCAACGCAAGAGGAUGGUGCUGCCGGAGGAUUGUUUGCCGGUCCCGGUGGAGUCCUCAAGAACAACACGCGCAAGGGAAGACCUGCGCCAGCAGUCCAGACCAAUGAUGUGGUCGACGAAAGCGCGUUCAAGGCAAAGGUCGACAGUCCAGGUGUGAAGACUCCGUUGGCAGAUGCAAAAUCGACAUCUGCUACUGGUGGCCAAUCCACAAAUGGCUUUGAUGAUGACGCGUGGGAUGUGAAGCCUCCGCGGGCACAGACACCAACUAAAGCUGCUCCUGCUGCCAAACCUGCUGCGUCUACGCCAGAGCCACCCAAGCCUCUAAUAAACGACGACAUUGCUUCCUUAUCUAUAUCUGCGCCACCAUUGCAGCCAACACCGGCCUCUCAGCCCUCGCCUACACCGCCAGCUCAACAGCCUACCCAGACAGCACCGUCUGCAGCGCCAGUCGCGAAUCAAGCCAUUUUCGACAAAAUUGCUGCUUUGGCACCCGCGAACCGCCAAUUGCAGUCACAGCCGACAGGGUAUCAACAGCCACUGCAGACAGGAUAUCAGCCGCAGCAGCAAUUGCAACCGCAGCAGACAGCAUUACCACGACAACGUCCUGCAGCUCCUCAGCAGCAAACCGGCCCGGGCACGAUUGGAUUGCCGCCACCUCCUCGCGCGGCCUCAGCGCCUGGAUUCCCGCCUCAAAUUCAAUCCUCGUUCGGUCCACCGCCGCUACAGGCGCAGCUGACUGGUUAUCAGCCUCAACAAAUGAUGCCACAAAUGUCCCCGCCUGGUCCAGGCAUGCAACAACAAUUUCAGCAGAUGCAGCCGCAGCACACCUCUUUCCAACCGCAAGCGUACAAUCCGAACUACCAGCAGCAGGGCGGUAUUCAGUCCCUACAGCAGAACUAUCCAGCAAUGCAACCACAGCCUACAGGAUUUCAACCACAAAACCAAUAUGGCCAGCAACAAGCUCAGCAGUACGGGAUGGGUCAACCCAACUACCAGCAACAACUUGUCAACGGAACUCAGACUGGGUCACCUUUUGCCGAUCCACCACGACAGCCCUUUCAACCCGUUCCAUCAGGUCUAUCUAACUCUUUUACCGCACAGCAGACUGGAUUCCAGCCUGCAUUCAAUCUGUCCCAGCCCACUGGUAUGAACGGCUUUGGUGCUCAGCCAACGCAGCCUGCGCCGCAAUUGCCUCCUCAACAAACAGGGGGCGUCUUUGGACCAUCGCAGCCACUUUCAGUGCCGGCAGCUCCCCUUGUACCCCAGAAGACUGGCCCGCCACCUCCAGUACGCUUCGGUGUGCAGCCUGGUACGAAACCUUUAAUGCCGCAGCCCACCGGCAGAGCCAAUCUGGCGAAAGCGACUCCGCAAAAUCCAUUCGGGUUCUGAGCAUCCAUCUGAAGUGUAAAUUUUUGUAAGAUGUGAAAGAGCAUCAGGAUGCCUCCCUGUAUAUAGUGUAAUAGGUUCGCUACAAUAAAUGCAAAUCACGACGG